AUGAAUGCGUUGAAAGUACCACAAAACUUUUCUCUGAUGCUUUCAGAGUCAUCGUACUACUCAACGAACAAUCUCACGUUGACCAAGAAGCCAGACUUGAUUCCUGGUAUUCCUGAUGGGAUUACAGCAUUGUUGGCUCCCAUAAUUGCAUACUGGUCGUACUCUAUGUUUUUCCACAUCAUUGACGUUUAUGAAUUGGCCGAGAAAUACAGAAUUCAUCCUAGUGAGGACGAAUUGAAAAGAAACAAGGUAACAUUACAUGAAGUUGUCAGGGAUGUUAUAUUGCAACAUUUCAUUCAAACCCUUGUUGGUCUUGUUGUUUUCUAUUUUGACCCUACACCCAUGACUGGUUACGAGUACUAUACAAUGUGGCAACUCAAACAUAAUUAUCUACCAAAGUUUGUACCCGACCUGGUUGUCUAUUACGGAUACAUGUAUGGAUGGCCAUUUCUCAGAUUGUGCAUUGCAAUUACAAUUAUUGACACUUGGCAAUUCUGGCUCCAUCGUUUAAUGCACGUAAAUAAGACUUUAUACAGACGAUUCCACUCGCGUCAUCAUCGUUUGUAUGUCCCAUAUGCCUUUGGAGCUUUAUAUAAUGACCCACUUGAAGGAUUCUUAUUGGAUACAUUGGGAACUGGUGUUGCAUCAUUGGCAACUGGAUUAAGUCCACGUGAAUGCAUUGUCUUGUACACGUUUGCUACGUUAAAGACUGUCGAUGACCAUUGUGGUUACAAGUUGCCUUGGGACAUUUUUCAAAUCGUAUUUCCAAACAAUUCAGUAUAUCAUGACAUUCAUCACCAAAUUUGGGGAAUCAAAAACAAUUUCUCACAACCAUUCUUCACUUUUUGGGAUACGUUCAACAAGACGCGAUACGAAUUUGUGGAAGAGUAUAAGGAGCUACAGAACCAUAUCACAUUGGAGAAAUAUAAGGAGUUUUUGGCUAGAAAGAGUAGAAGAGGGCCUUCAAGUAAACAAGAGAACGAAAAUUAUCAGCAAGAAACUGAACUUACAAAGGAAACAGGAGAGGAAACUAAAAAAACCAUUUAA